UUAAUCUACUACAGCUUAGUCUCUAGCAUGAUUUUGCUAGCUGAGCAAUGCAGCCAUUUUUAGCGGAGCAAGCUGCUGUGAUUUUGUUAAUACAAGGUAAAGCAUCAGAAGGCUAAUCGACAGCAGAGGGAAAAAUGAUAUCUCUUGCUUGCAAAAAUGACUAAGACAACUGGUUUGACUGAAGACAUAGUGUGGAACUGCAAAACGCUGCUGAAGGAGAGGGACGUGGUUCUAAAGCUCAUGAAUAAAUGUGAAGACAUUUCAAGGAAACUGACAAAACAAAUAACCAGACUUACUGUAGAUGGAGCAUGCAGUUGGAACAUUCCUCAACCUUCCAUUCUGAAUAAGAGUUUUGUUCUCAAGCCAUAUCAGAAGGUUGGUUUUAACUGGCUAGCACUACUGCAUAAACACAGAUUGAAUGGCAUAUUGGCUGAUGAAAUGGGCUUAGGAAAGACAAUUCAAGCUAUUGCAUUUCUAGCUUAUCUUUACCAGAAGGGCAGUACGGGUCCGCAUUUGAUUGUUGUGCCGGUUUCAACAUUAGAUAACUGGACAAAAGAAGUUAAUCUGUGGUGUCCUGAUCUGAAAGUCCUUCUUUACUAUGGAUCCCAAGAAGAUAGGAAACGUCUCAGAGGGGAAAUAAUUCAUAAAAUGGUCGAUUUUAAUGUGAUUAUAACUACUUACAACUGUGCCAUUAGCAGCUCAGAUGAUAGAGGACUGUUUCGCAGAUUGAAACUUUACUAUGCAAUUUUUGAUGAAGGUCAUAUGCUCAAGAACAUGAGCUCUGCACGCUACCAGCACCUUAUGACAAUUAAUGCACAGCAUCGCUUACUGCUGACUGGGACUCCGGUUCAGAAUAAUCUGCUGGAAUUGAUGUCCCUCUUGAAUUUUGUCAUGCCACAUAUGUUCAGCAGUAGCACAGCUGAAAUCCGAAGGAUGUUCUCUUCAAAAACAAAUGCUGAAGAACAAACCACAUAUGAAAAAGAGAGGAUUGCACAUGCAAAACGGAUAAUAAAACCGUUCAUCUUGAGAAGAGUAAAAGAUGAGGUCCUUAAACAACUACCUCCCAAAAAAGAAUUCACUGAAUUGUGUGCCAUGUCCGAGAAACAGGAACAACUAUACUGUGAUUUCCUAAAAAAUUUGAAGAAAAAUAUUCAGAGUAAUGAGAGAAAGUCUGAUAUGAGAAACGUGAUGAUGCAACUUAGAAAAAUGGCUAAUCACCCUCUCUUACAUCGCCAGUAUUACACGAAUGACAAGCUUAGGAAAAUGUCCAAGCUUAUGCUCAAGGAACCCACACAUUGCGAUGCUGACCCUGUCCUUAUCUUUGAAGAUAUGACGGUAAUGACGGAUUUUGAGCUGCAUUUACUUUGUGAGCAAUUCUCUCACAUCAAUAAGUUCAAGUUAGACACAGACCUGAUCUUGGAUUCCGGAAAGUUUGAGACACUGGACCACAUUCUUUCUGACCUUAAAGAGAAGGGAGACAGAGUUGUAUUGUUUAGCCAAUUUACUAUGAUGCUGGAUAUCUUAGAAGUUUUCCUAAAACAAAAGCAACACAGAUACUUAAGAUUGGAUGGAAAAACACAGAUUUCUGACCGGAUACAUCUAAUAGAUGAGUUCAAUAACAAUAACGACAUAUUUGUAUUCCUCCUGUCAACCAAAGCUGGUGGAUUGGGAAUUAAUCUGACCUCGGCAAAUGUUGUUAUUCUUCAUGACAUUGACUGCAACCCAUACAAUGACAAACAAGCAGAAGACCGAUGCCACAGGGUAGGACAGACAAGGGAAGUGAAAGUCAUAAAGCUAAUCAGUAAGGGGACUGUUGAAGAACACAUGCUCAAAAUCAGCGAGCAGAAACUGAAGUUAGAACAAGAUAUGACUGCAGCAGAUUCAGGUGAAGAAGGAGCCAUCCCAGCGGAUAUAGCCACGCUAUUAAAAGCUUCAUUAGGUCUCUAAAUAUGCUGUGAAAUUCGAGGAAGAAGUUGAUAUUUUACUCCAUGGACUCUACAUUUCUGAUUAACUUAAUUCUUACGUACUUUUAUAACUUUUUGUAGCUUAUUAUUGUUAUAAUUAUUUCAUGUUGUUGAAAAUUUUUAACACCAAUAGUAUUCUUUUAAUGCUUAAGAACAUUAAUGGCCCAAAUGUGCCAACAUUGGAUGCUGAAAAAACAUCUUUUACAGAUUUUCAGAACAGGGACCUGUGUAGUCAUCAUUUCAAUAACUGCUACUGCUUAAGAUCUGUCAGUAUUUUUAUAAUUAUUUCUACCUCCGAAUAUGUAUAUUUAAACUGUCAGUUUCACUGGAUUACACUUACAGAUUUUUUAUA